UGGUGGAACGGAUACCGUGACAUUUUAUGGCAGUAUUCGUUUUCUGAUACGAAAAAUAUCAAUAAUGAUCAAUAAUUCACUUGAAAUAACCUUUGCGAUUAUAUUGCAAUAAUAUUUCGCUUAAUCUUGACAUAAAACAUUAAGAAUGUGUGAUGUUUGUUCGGAGUUUUCACAGCUUUUAGUAAAUUGUGAAUCCAGGCUUACCGACGAUGUGUCCCAAUAUCCAACAAUAAGCCAAUCUGAACUGGAGACAGUGCUAAACUAUAUUCUCUCAUGGCCACAAAGGCAAUGUAUGUGUUGCUAUCGGGAUGUGAAGAACUUUGAAAGAUUCUACCUUGUAGUUCAGAGUAUACUGUGCUUAUCUGUGUGUCAACUGAAGCAGCUCAAAGAUGAACUGAUAGAAGCAGCUAAACUCGCCCCAGCACCUGCACCAGCCGUGCCACCUGACAAUGCACAAGACAAACAGAAAUCUGAAGAGGACAGCUCCCCCCCCGCGGGGGACAAGAACAAUGAAGAGAAGGAAUCUCCAGAUGAACCAGAUGAUCCUGCUGUUACAGCUGACACUUCAGAAGACCCCAAAAAUGCUGCGGCACCUUCUACUUCAACUGAAGACCCUGAACUAUGGUCUAUGCAGCAAAAGGAAAAGCUCAUGCACAUUGUGUCCAAAGUGUUUCUCCUCAACUUUCCUCUAUACUUAGCCUGCAAGCACUCAGCACUAAGCCGCUUAGAUGACCUCUCUGCUCAAGAAAUUUCUAAUUUAAGUUUAUAUUGUGACUUGCAUGACACUGAGAUACCAGCUUACUUACUGCGAAAUGUGAGCUUAUUCUGCAAGUUAGGUGGGGUUUGUGCAAUGACAUCCGUGUUUGAAAGUGCCACUCAGGCCACUCUCCCGUUGUCUAUGGCCCAUGCAAUAGUGGCUGCAGUUGGUAACCUGAAACUGUGGCUGAACUUCAGAGCUGUGUCACAACUCUUCAUGCCAUUGCGGAGCAAGAUACUGAAAUACAUGUGCACUUUGGAGGACAAGGAUCUGAGGGUGCCGGCAGUCAAGUCUAUGGCUGAUUUCAUGUGGGGCGCAGCAAAGGAGCCUUUGGAUGUGCCCCUUACAUUUGACGGGGAUGGGUUAGCACUAGCUUUCAAGUACUUCAACAGCAGUACAUUGACGAUGCGCCUAGCCGGCGUGGCGCAGAUCAACGCGCACAUAGCUUCGCACAAUGAGUUGUGUGCUGGGGAGUCAGCGGCUGACGCUGAGGUGGCUGGACAACAGUUGGCCACGUGGCUCACUAAUAAUAAUAUCAUUGAGCAUCUGUUUGGACCUAACUUGCAUGUGGAGGUAAUAAAGCAAUCUCAUAUGAUCCUGAAGUUCCUGGCAGUGGAAGGUCGCGUGACUCCAGAGCAUGUGGAACUGGUAUGGGCGGCUGCUCAGCUGAAGCACUGCGGCCGUCAGGUGUAUGACCUUUUGCCCGGCUUCAUCAGGGCGUUGGCGCCGAAACCCUGUGCACAUCUAUACAGUCUGCUUUGUGCGUUGCCACCGAAGGAGCAUACGGAACAGAGUCUGUACCUAGCGUCAGCACUAAUGCGCGCGAUGUGGUCCCGCGGCGCGUCCGGCACGCUCGGCUCGGGCACUCCCACCGCUCUAGCGGACGAGCCGCCCCUCCGCCCGCCGCAGCCGUCGUGCAAGCCGCAUCACAACUCCUCGUCUGAAGCCAGCGUUAGCAUGGACCAGACUAAUUCUGAUGAUGAUCCUUGCGAGGAGCUAAGCACAUCGGGCGAGGAGGCGGGGCCGACGCCGCGCAAACAAAGUAAACAUCAGCGUGACCUAACUGCCGAACAGGACUGGCUUAGAGAGGGAGAGGAGUUAACCAAGAAGGAGUGUCCUACGCUCAAGUCUUGCCAGAAACGUAACAAACGCGCCGGCAGCAGCGGCAGUGCCAGUAGCGGUGCCGAGGAACUCCUGCGCCCGCGCAAGAAGAAGUUCUACAAGAAGCGCCACAAGCCAGGCAAACCCAAGCAUUUCCCAGCAGCACAGCUGAAGACGGCAGAUCUGGCGGAGUCUGUAUCCGAAGUGGAAGAGGAAUCAUCAGGCAGCGACACCGCACACUGUCAGCUGAUCUGCGACAAUGUUGAUGCAAGGCGUAUAAUGGAACUCCGCCUAAUGGAGAGCUACAAGCGUCGCGGGACUGCCGGCGAGGAGGAAGAAGGCAGUGCAUCAUCAGCUCUCUCCCCCCACUCUCACCCCCACCUCGCUGACUUGGAUGAGGAUGAUUCAGCCUGUGAGGAAGAACUUGCUAGGCUGGCUGCGCAGGCGCAGUGCCUGACGGCGCAGUACGCGAGCGCGGGCGCGGGCGGGGCUCGGGCUCGCGCGUCGCCGGCGGCCGCCUGCGACGUGGACGACGUGUGCCGGCCCGGCAACACGCUGCUGUGGGACCUGCUGCAGGACGGCGCCAUUGAACAACUGGGUGAGGGCUUGGCGCUUGAAGCGGAGAAAGCUCUCUGCGCGCUGUUAUGCUUUAGUACCGACAAGUUCAUCAGGAUCAAGUUUAUUGAGGGCUGUCUGGACAAUCUUGCCAAUCACAGAUCUGUCGCAGUGUCACUGCGUCUCCUACCGAAACUAUUCUCAUCAUUUCAACAGCUACGAGGCAUGGAUAUGCAUCAGGUGGUGAUGUGGGCGGAGCGCGAGCGCGGCAUGAUGCGGCUGUUCCUGGAGGACCUGCGGCACUACACCGCCGCCCCGCGCGGCGGCGACGCGCCGCACUACGCGCACAUCACCGAGCUCACCGUGCGCCUGCACUUCCUCACCGCCAUCUUCUCGCCCGUCGGCUCGCCGCAGCACUUCAGACUCACAGUAGAGCAAGUAGAAGAACUCUGGCAAUGUCUCGUGGUCCGCGGCAGCAGCGAAUGUGCCGACUGCUUAUACUCCUGGCUGCUGUCGCACACCAAGUCGCCUGAACAACACGCGUUGGGCUUAGACGCUUUGCGCUUCCUCUAUGUCGAGAAGAUGCCCACUUUGGAUCCUGAGACGAUCAGCAUAAUGGGUUUAAGCCUCUACCAGCAGUUAUGCAACUUAGCUCGCAUGGCGCUGGGCACGGGCGACUCCCGCGACGCCGCUCAUCCACACACAUUAGCCAUGGACCAUCUGUGGAAGAUCGCGUUAAGGGCCAAUAGUACUGACGUAUCAAUGGGCGCAAUCCAAUACCUAAACAGCUACUACAUGGGCCAGCAACUGCAACAAGAAGACGACUUCGUAGCCAAGUGUAUGUUCCACUUAUCCUCGGCCGCCGAAAGACUGAUCACUAAGAAACACACGACGGACGGCGAGGGCACCUCAACCAUGUGCGAAGAGGCCAAAGAGGAGAAGACGGUCGAUAAACUUAAUAUUUACGAACAUAUGACGGAGGAAGCUGCGUUGCAGUGUAUACAGAGGGCACUGUUGCUGUUGAAGACGCAUCUUGAUACUUUUAAGAGGAGAUACGCCUACCACCUCCGUCGCUGGGCCCUCGCAGAGUCAGGCGCUUGGGAGGGCACGUGCGGCGGCGGCGGCGGCGUGCGCGUGACGCUGCAGCCGGCGGGCGCGGGGCCUAGGGCUUCGCUGGCGUUGCACCACUCGGACUUGGUGGCGCAUUUACGCGCACAUGUACAUGUUUGGUGGGAGAAACAGAUUCAAGGCGAAGAGGGCGUGACAGCGCUCUCAACAGACGGACCGCUGCGUAUGAUCACGCAGGGACAAGAACUGACCAUAGAUUAUGACGAGAGGACCCUCUAUGAUAUGGGCUUCAAAGAUAAUCAGCUGGUGUUCGUAUCAGUGGGCGUGGGUGGGCGUGGCGCGUGGGCGGAGUGGCCGUCGGCCCAGCCCGCGCCGGCACGAGCUCGCCUGCCCACCUUGCUGCUGCUAGACCCCACCUACUUCCAUCAUCUCUUCACUCUCAUGCAAGCGCUGGGACAGAUGAAGGAGCCUGGUGCUAAUGGAGAGCCCGUAACACACACAAAAGCUCAACUCCUAUCCCGCCGAGUAUGGGACAUACUACAAGCCGUGCCAUUGAACCCGACGCUACUCGAAGCGUUCCAAAACCCGACAGAGAGCAAGCUACCAGAAUUACUUGACCCCACCAGUCCGCAGAAACUCAUGUAUUCCCUCCAUAUUAUCGACAAACUCAGCUCAAGUAACAGUGGUACCCCUAACGUGAAGGAGAAUACUGUGAGCACGCUCAGUCCUCUGGUCACUAAUGAAAAGAGUGAGGAGGAAAAAGCCGCCGUAGAAAACUGGAACGAAUUGUUUAUUAAGAAGGGAGGUUUAAGACUGCUGUAUGAUAUUAUGAUGUCAGGAGUAUUACAAAGGAAUGAUGACAGCGAAUGGCGACAAGAUUGCCUCGCGUUGUUACUGCAACUAUUGUGUAGGAUCGGCACGUUGCCCUCUACAGAUCCCGCUCAGACGCCCAAGUUGCAUCCGUCUUUAUUGUCAUUGAUGAGCGUGGAAGAGACGACAGAGCGAUUAAUAUCGAUACUAUGUGAGGCGGCCACGUUGAAGGAGCCCACUACUUAUAAGACUGGAUUCUGGGGGAGGGCACAGGUGGUGCAGCAUGCGAUGCGUAUGUGCGUGUGGUGGGCGCGUGGCGGUGGCGAUGCCGUGGCGCUGGCGUGGUCGCUGCGCCGCGCCGCGCCACGACUGUUACUUGAUGAUGCUGAUCCUGCGGUCCGUCGCGAAGCCGGCAGCGCCCUCUACCGGCUCUGCGCAGGCGGCGAAGUGGCAGUCCUGGCUCCAUUACUACAACUACUGCUGGAACACCUGCCGCGCGCUGCAGACAUGCGUCCCCAUCCCCAGCCCCACCACCAUCACCACCACGAUGUUAGUAUUGCCACAUUCUAUCAGGUUGUGCAUCAUCACGCGGAGGAAGGCAAGGAGCCGUACGGGCCGGCUUGUCGAGACUACUUCUGGCUCGUGUGCCGACUCAUUGAUGGCUUGCCUGAAGACUUCUUUAAAGAGGGCGCCACAUCAGAAGACAGCGGCGCCCCCGACCUAAACGAGCUCUGCGAACAAAUACACUCGUCGCUAGACAAGCGAGAGAUCAUAGAGCGUCGCACGGAGCCCUGCACGCCUGACGACGGACUGUACGGGCAGCUCAGCCUACUCACGCAUCUCGUUAAACAUCCGCUCAGGUUCAAGAUGUCGGAACAGGGGACUAGGACGCUGGAAAUGGUAUUCGGCUUCCUAUUCGACGUGCCCAACCCAGAAAACCGCAACUUACCUAAAUGCAAGUCGCAGAAGUCUCGGUCGGCGGCGUACGAUCUACUUGUGGAGCUAGUACGUGGGGCGCCCGACAACUACAUGGUACUGCACAAUAAGCUCAUGGAACAUCAUAAGCCUGGUUACUGUUUGGACGCAGGUCCUCAGUCCUCCUACCCUUGGGACUACUGGCCGGCUGAAGAGUCUCGCUCCGAGUGCGGUUACGUAGGCCUCACGAACCUUGGAGCCACGUGUUACAUGGCGUCGUGUAUGCAGCACUUGUAUAUGAUGCCGCAAGCAAGAGCUGCGUUGCUGCAGGCGGACCCGGCUGCUAGCAGGCAUUCGGCGACUUUGCAUGAGAUGCAGAGGAUGUUUGCUUAUCUUAUGGAAAGCGAGCGCAAAGCGUACAACCCUCGCAGUUUCUGCAAGGUCUACCAGAUGGAUCACCAGCCGCUAAACACGGGCGAACAGAAGGACAUGGCGGAGUUCUUCAUAGACCUCGUCUCCAAGCUCGAGGAGAUGACUCCUGAGUUAAAGAAACUAGUCAAGACGCUCUUCUGUGGGGUGUUGAGCAAUAAUGUUGUGUCGCUGGACUGCCCCCACGUAUCCCGAACUCUAGAAGAGUUCUACACAGUCCGGUGUCAGGUGGCCGACAUGCGCAACCUUCACCAGAGCCUCGACGAGGUCACGGUCAAGGACACUUUAGAAGGCGACAACUGCUACACUUGCUCGCAAUGCGCGGCCAAAGUGCGGGCUGAGAAACGUGCAUGUUUCAAGAAGCUCCCCCGCAUACUCUGCUUCAACACGAUGCGGUAUACAUUCAACAUGCUGACGAUGCUCAAGGAGAAAGUGAACACGCACUUCUCGUUCCCCAUGCGACUUGACAUGUCUGGUUACGUGGAGAAACAUCUCAUGCCGGCGCAGUAUCAAGAAGAGAAAAAUAAGUUAGCAGAAAAGAAAGAAGGCGAUGCUAGUCCGACUGCAGCUGAAAUGGAAGACAAUUCAGAAUUUGAAGAGCACUAUGAAUACGAGCUAAUAGGCGUGACAGUUCACACGGGUACGGCCGACGGCGGUCACUAUUACUCGUUCAUUCGCGACCGGGAACAUGAACAUCACGACCGGUGGCUACUGUUCAACGACGCUGAAGUCAAGCCUUUUGAUCCCGCGCAUAUUGCUGCUGAGUGCUUCGGUGGGGAGAUGACGAGUAAAACCUACGACUCAGUGACGGACAAGUUCAUGGAUUUCUCGUUCGAGAAGACAAACAGUGCAUACAUGUUGUUCUACGAGUGGAGCCCGCCGCGCAGUCAGCGGGGCUCGGAGUGUGGUCAGCAGGAGGAACCACAGUCGUCAACAGCAGAAGGUGCAAGUCCCAGCUCGUCAAUAGAGCGUCGAAGCAGCGACGCGUCGCCCUGCAUCAAGCUGCCCCCCGACCUACUCAAGUGGAUAUGGGACGAUAACAUGCAGUUCUUACACGACAAGAAUAUAUUCCAGCAUGCGUAUUUCACGUUCAUGGGUCAAAUGUGCAGUUCAGUGCCGCAGUCGUUGAUGACGCUGAGGCCUGAAGUGACGGAGGUAGCCGCGCGGCUCUCUACUUCAUUCUUCAUCGAGACUUUCAUUCAUGCUAAGGAGAAGCCAACAAUGGUGUCGUGGGUGGAGUUAGUGACGAAACAGUUCAACGCGUCUGCGGCAGCUUCAGAGUGGUUCUUAGGUCAUAUGGCGGACGACACGUGGUGGCCGAUGCAAGUUUUAAUUAAAUGCCCCAAUCAGAUGGUGCGGCAAAUGUUUCAAAGACUUUGUAUGCACGUAAUUCAAAGGCUGAGGUCUAGUCAUUGUGCCUUGUAUCUACAAGGUAUGGAAGAAGGCGAGGAUAAUAGCAAGUUGGGCGAAGCGAGUUGUGUUACUAGGUUUAUAAGGAUGUUAUUGUCAUUGAUGGAGAGCGGCGCUCGAUCUCACCUGCGUCACUUAACGGAGUACUUCAGCUUGCUGUACGAGUUCAGCAAGAUGGGCGAGGAGGAGGGCAAGUUCAUGUUGCGCAUUAAUGCCAUCUCCAGCAUGGUCAACUUCUAUCUCGGACAGAAUGCUACCGCGGCGGAAUCCCCAACCGAGGAAGCCGGAGGAAGCGGCAGUGGGAGUACAAACGCGGAAAGUGGCGGCGAUAAGUUGCGUCCCGGAGCCCUGGACAAGAUGGUAGCCCUGGUCGCCGGACUGGUGGAGCGGUCGCGAGACGCCGCCGGACAUCUCGCCUUACUCGAGCCUGAUGCCAGAGCCUUGUUACAUGCGAAGGGGUUUCCGUUCAUCUACCAGCAGACGCGCGACUGCCUGAACCUGCAGCAGACGCGGUCGCUGAUCUUCGCGCUGUGCCGCUGGAACGAGCCGCUCGCGCAGAAGAUCGUCAACAUGAUCUUUCAGGCGAUCGCUAAACAUUCAGAGAGCUGCGGUCCAUUUUUUAAGCUGCUGACAUUGCUAGUAGAGGGCAGCGGCGGCGGCGCGGGCGCCACGGGCGGCCUGCCCUGCUUCACGCAGCUCGUGCUCGCGAGGCUGUGGGAUGCGGCCGACGUGUGUCCACAUGCGGCGCUCGAGUGGCUUGCUUUGCAGGUCCCCCGCAACAAAGCAGCUCACGCGUGGGCGCUGCGCACAGCCGAGCGCUGGGUGGAGGCCCAGCUCCUCGGCGCCGCCGCCGCCCGGGUCCGCGCGGCCGCAGCCCUACUGCUAGUAGCGCUGGUACCCUCCCCGCACUUCCGCGCGGGGUACGCCCGCGCCCGCCCCGCGGCGCCGGCGCCGCCGCAUCACCCGCAUGCCCCGCAUGCCGCACAUGCCAACCAUGCUAAGCUGCCUGAUACGGCGCAUCAUACGCUGCAUCAGGUGUACACAAUGCUACUCGGCAAGCUGAAAGCGGCGCGCAAGUACACAGACAUUGCAGUACACGGUACCAUGAAGCUGACGGCGUACUUCGGAGUCAUGUCAUAUUGCGUCGUCAGCAGAGUCGAGAAACUUAUGUUCGGACAAUACUUCAACGAUCUCUGGGAGCUAUACCACCCGGCGAUCUCAGAGCCUUCAGUGGCCGUACACCCGAACAAACAAGCCCUGCUCACAUUCUGGCACGCGGUCUCCGUGGACUGCCCCGAGAACGUGCAGCUGGCGGUAGCCAACCAGCGCCUCACCAAACAUAUCGCUUUUAAUUAUAUACUUGCCGACCACGAAGACGGCGAAGUGGUAGCAUACAACCGCGCCAUGCUGCCGCCGUACUACGCGCUGCUGCGGCUGUGCUGCCGCCGCUCCAGCGCCUUCGCGCGCUCGCUGGCGCAGCACCAGAACAUACACUGGGCGUUCCGGAACAUCGCGCCGCAUGCUCAUCUGUACCCCGGCGCUGCUGAUGAGCUGCUCAGACUCGCCCGCAUCCUAGCGGCUCGCGGCGGCAGCACGGGCAACAACGGCAGCACCAGCAGCGGCAACAACAGCGGCAACGGAGCCAGCAGCGGCAGCGAGUCCGCCGACGGCAGGGAGGCCGCCGCCUUCAGGCGAAGCACCCUCUCCGCUUACUUACAGGGUGAGCACAUAGCGUUACCCGCAGGACUGAACGGGCGGACAUGUUGGACGACGCUCAUAUCCGCGUUCUGCACGCUCGUUGAGAACGAAGACGAUAGACUUUAUGUCGUCUAUAAUGGAGGACUGCAAAUGACUUUUGAAGCCCUACACAGUCUCCACGCGGUUUACGUAGAAGGCGGAGGCGCGGGUGGUUCCGCGGGGGCUAUCCGCGCGGAACUAACAGCAGCCCUCCGCUGGGCUCGCGCACUAUGCCGCACGCUGCGCACGCGACGCGACGCGAAGGAGGCGCGGGCGCUGCUGCUGGCCUGCAAGGACUGGCCCGAGUGUGCGAGGCGGCUGCUCACCAUGCUUAACUUGCAUCAUAGGCAUAAUCAUCUGAGGGAUGCGGCGUUAGGCGUACUCCGAGAAGUAGUACUAAUCGGCGGGGGCGCAGCCCUGGGAGCCCUGGUCCCGCUGGCGGCGGGGGCGCAGUGCGGCGCGCGGGCGCGGCCCCCGCACGUGUGCGCGCGCGCGGGCGACAAGCACGACGCGCGCGACAAGCGCGACCUGCGCGACAAGCAUCGCCUCGCCGCCGCCUAUAGGCCGUACCAUAAGUUUAUUGACACGUGCUGCCGCGUGGGGCGGGCGGCGCGGUGCAUGUCGGAGCAGCUGGUGCUGCUGUCUGCUCUGUGCGCGCUGGAGGCGGUGCCGCUGCGCUUCAACUACUUCGCCGCCUUCUGGCGCGACGUCGCCAACGAGCCCGCUGACUCCAAGUUGGAGGAGAUGCUCCUAGAAUGCAGCGUGGCGACAGAGUAUGUGGACGCGGUGUUACUGGAUGAACGCGAGUCACUGGAAGACCCCGUCAUCUAUCAGUUCAUGCAGCAUUAUUAUCCGAAGCUGGGCGGCAGCGGGUCGGCGGCGGGCGGGUCGGGCGCGGCGCGGGCGGUGCUGGAGGAGGUGAACAGCCUGGCCGCGCGGGCGCCGCUGCGCUCACUGCUGGCGCCGCUCCGGGCGUUGACGCUGCUGGCUGCGCGGGCGCCGCUGUCGCCGGCGAGGGCCCGGGAGUUACAGAGGGCUACUAGAGCGCUGCGGGCCAGGUUGCAGCAUGCUACAGAAGAAGAAAGUUCAGAACCGGAGAGCGGGUGCGUAGGCGGGCCGAGCACUACAGCGACACGCGGCGGCUCCGGGUCGGGCAGCUCCGGCUCGGAGGCGUCGGAGCCCGCCGAGCCCGACAGCGAGCCCGACGAGGCGGCGCCGCGCGGCACGUGGCUGCCGCACCUCGCGCACGCGCUCGACGCGCUCGACGCGCUCGUGCCCGCGCCGCCCGAACCUUAGGCUCUAAGCUUACUACCCCGACUACUCCCCAUCCGCCCCGACCAACUUUAAUCCUCAACUUGUUUAAAACUGGCUCUGUAAUUUUUCACCAAAAAUGAUAUAGUGAAUUAGUAAAACUCUUUUUUUGUCUAAAGUUUGACUUUCACAGAUUUUUUUAUUUGUACAAAAAAGUGGUUAGUACCAAAUUGCGUUUGAUGACAAUGCAAGUUUUAAAUUUGUGAAAUAAUUUUCAGACAAAAUUUAUGAUAAUGUGUAAUCCAUUGCACUAAUAGCGUGAAUUGAACUUACGAAAAAAAUAUUCUAAUCAACAUAAUGUGGACACGCUACGCACGACUGCAUGAUCGAAGUGACGACAUUGCCAUAAGCGUAGCGUGCCUAUUAUGUAUGCUACGCCAUCGUAGCCAAUUCGUAGCAACGUCACGUGCGUAGCAAAACCAGCAUCUAGUGUACGGUGUCUUUAUGCUCAACUCAUCUUGUUUCUAUUAAAAAACUAUAAAAGAUAUGUAUACCCACAGAAAAAGUAUCAAAUUAAAAAUAAUGUACACUUACAAAAAUGUGUUAUACAGUAUGUAUUUCCCAAAAUGCGUUGCAUAGACUGUUCUAUAUAUUAUUAUUAAUUUUAAAUUGACAACUCAUUUGGAAGUGCAAAUGAUGUGAGAUUUUUUUUAUAUGUUUCGGUUGUUUUCUAAUAUUAUGUGUAAGUUAAAUGUAUAUACAUAGAUUUGUGAUUGUUGCGUUUCAGUAAGUAUAUUUUGUAAUUAUUGUUUAGUUAGGAAUUGGGAUAAUACAGUGAUUUUGUCUAUCGGUAUUCGCGUUUCGUUAGGGAAGUAGAAAGGAAUCUUGAAAACAUCGAUGUUUAGAAUACAUUCCAGACGUAUCAUCACAACGCAGACGGACGUACUAUUAGUAUAAUAUGAGCUAUAGUAUUGACGGUGUCUACUCUAUGGCAAUCUCUAUCCUUAUACUUCUAGGGAUACAGACUGACGUAACAAGGCUACAUAAGAUCUGCACUCGCUAAAAAGGAAUUAACGUUUUCAACAAAACAAAUAGAAAUAUAAUCGGUAUAUGUCACAUUACAUAGUCGACAUCGACAUUAUUUUUAUCGAUAAAGCUAUUUACUUGAAUGAUAUUUCUUUUAAGCGAGUGCAAACUUCCAUCGUGCAGUCUCACAAGGUACCACCAAAUCUAAAGACGCUAGUACAUUUCCACGAAGCUAUAUUAUUAAGUUUUUUUACAUUCGUGGCAAUUACUCAGCGCCUUUAACAUUAGAGUUAUCGACUAAAUAUUAGUUUAACAACGUAAAUACAAUUUUAUUGAUACGGUAUGAAGAAAUAUUAAAAUUGAAACUAAACAUGACUGCAUCAUCUCUUUAGAAUUAAAAACUCAUUAGUACUUCUUGGAAACAUACAUUAUGUUUCACAGGACUACUAGUUGUGAUGCCUUUGCUUUUAUUUAUUUAAUUUUAAGCUUACGUUAGCCAGAGUUGGCGGCUAUCGGGACUGUAGUAUUCCUAUAUUUAAAACUUAUCUUAAAUUAGAUGGUGUUUCUAUGCACAUGAAACUAAAUUAGGAAUGUUACGGUCAAGUUUUAUAUGUGACUGUCAUUUUUAUGGACUCUCAUUUUACCUGUGUUGAAUUGAAAAAUAUAGUUGAUACAAUUUUGAUAGGUGGUAUAAGGUAUUUAAAAUUCCUGCUUCAUACAGUUUAAGUACUUUCUGUAAUAGUGCUAGGUGUUUAAUAUUUUAUUUCAUUCUGUUUUCAUAAUAAUCUUUCACGAGAAAUAAAUAUAUGCUCAUGUAGUGUGAAUGUAAUUUCACUAUUGUACUUUAUAUAUCUUCUGUUUUAUAAAACUCGUAGACUUCGUAUAUAAAUAGAUAUAGGCUUUCAACUGACGUGCAUUUCUUACUUAGUGUCUGUAAUUAUUAUAUAGUAUUUGUGUGUGUAUGACUGUCGCAAAAUUGAUAUUGUAUGUCAAAAUUAUAAUUAUGUACAUUUAGGCUGUGAGCAUUUUGUUAAUUUAUCUUAAAAUAUUGUAGUCAAAAAAUACCCCACCCCGCUUAUAGUGUCUAUGUAAGAAAAUGCGAAAUGACAAAAUGAUCAAAAGAAUCACCCGUCCAGGCGCGUACUUUUUAUUUUAUUGGCAACUUACCUUCACAAAUUAGUCAAGUAUGUUGUGAUAGUUGGAUCUACAAGCUCUUUCUAAUAUAGUAUCUGUAAAAACAUUUUAUCUCAAAUUUUAUAUUUACGUAACAUAUAAAAAUCUUACAACAUUAAUUCAAUUUUAACUGCUAUAAUAGGUGUUUAUUUAAUUUAAAUAUAAUCUUUCAUUAUAUUCGUAUAGAUGGCGACACAGUACCAUAUCCACUGCCGAGUUCAACAAGGUUUUUAAUAGUAAUUGUAAAACAUAUAAUCUCAUGUAGUAAAUACGGUUCAUAUGAAUUGUAUAGAGGCGAUUUACCUGCAGAUAUCGAAACCUGUCCAUUUUAUAUCUUUAUAGUGAACACUAGCAUGAUCUAUUUACGCUAUAGUCCACCACAAGUAUAGUUGUCAUUUAGAAUGUUUAAUGUGAAAAAUUAAUGUUGUACGUAAUUCACCAAUGUAUUGUAUUUAAUGGUCAUUUCUCGAAUAUCAGAUUUAUACACGCGUCCCACUAGUUGUGGCUACAAAUAGCAGCAAGUGGAUUUUCUCUAUCGAAAGUAAGCAAUAAAUUCGCACUACACGAAUUAUUCAAAAGAAUAGUGUCAGUUGUUUUUACAUAAUAAUUUGUAUUUCAUUGGUGUACCUACAAUUAUUGUUAUGUAUUUUUAUAUUGAAGACCGUAUUGGCAUGCGGGGGACAGUCACUGGGCAGUUUGCGGGGGUGUGAAAGUAAAGUGGUGCUAUCAAUCUGAUCGGAGUGACUGGAACAUAAGACAAAACGUGUAUUUAAGUUUGUCCUGUUUUUAGAGCUUAUUAAUAUAUACAACUUAAUAUAAACUAUGCUGUAAUUAUCUUUAUUAAUUUUAAGGUUAUAAUUUGUUUGUAAUGAGAUGUGGCAUAUGAUGAUCGCAAGCGUUUUGUGGUACUUAUUGUGGUCACGUUGUACCCCAUUUCGUUUAAUGGCUUUGAAUUUGUGUAUUAUAUUAAAAUGUGUUGCCGAAACUAGAGUUUCGGUCGAAUAUAACUGUGUUAUUGAAUACAACUUGUGAAAAUUAAUGAAAAAUACUGUAAAUCGGACUGGAAAGCCAAAGUAAACAGUAUUUUAUA